AUGCUGGGCUGGCUGCCCCGUUGGUUCCGCAGCGACCCCUACUACACCAGCUACGAGCGCUCCUUCGAGCGCCUGGAGAAGGAGCAGAGCCGCGUGGAGGUGCGUGGGGCGGUGCGUGAGGAGUUCUUGGGCUUGGAGUGCCUGGGCUGGCGUGCUGCGUCGAGGGUGGGGGAUGGUGUGGACUUUGCGAUUGGCGGGUUGUCCCUUGAUCCACCAUGGUCGCUGCGGGAGCACGAUUGGUGGGCGAUACGGAUAGCCUGCGGAAGGAUAAAGGCACGAAGAGCGAGGAGGGGUCAGACGCGCAGGACAUUCUCUUCGAAUUUGUUCUACUUGGCGGCAGUACUGACUGCGGCUGCGGGGGCCUACGCGUCGUGGGUUCACCAAUUGCCAGAGGGGACGUACACCGCUGUCGAGAGUGCAGUGCGCACCUCAGCAGUGUUUGUCAUCCCAUGCCUCGCUGCAAUUUGGUACUCCUUGGUCACUGGGUACCUGAUGUGGAGAGAGGGCAGGGAUAUUCGGAAACUGGAACACCUGAAUAAGGCUCGCAUGCACAUGCUGAAAGACUUGAAGGACAGAGCAAACUUUGAGAAAAUAAGUGCACUUGUGCAAAAAUACGACCCUGAGGAACGGAACAAGUCAAUGGCGGGCCAAACAUCCAGAUCUCAAAAUGCUGAAACUCGUCCAGGUCACAGGAGGAGGUCCUCACAUUCCAACAAAUCUGUGCCCGUCGCUCAACCUCCCCAAAGUGGAGGAAAUGCCAGCCUGGCGUAUUCUGCAGGGAAAAUGUUAUUCCCAGUUUUAGAUCACCUGGCGACGUCCAUCAUGGGGGACAGCCCUGAAUUGCUAAAUGAACUAAGGGAGCUGCGAGAAUCAGUGACACAAAUGCAGGAUACCAUAGCACACCUCACGUCGGAGAAUUUCCAGCUUAGGGGCGAGCUCGCGAGGGUGCAGCAGGGCUCCUCUUUAGAGGGCUCCAGCGGAGGCCCUGCUCCAGAUCCUGAGGGGCGCCCUGAGGAAUUUGAGCCGGCGGGAUCAAUAAGCAGCGGAGACGAUGGGGAGGAGGCUCGGGAUGAGCCGGAUGGGUCACCCAGCGAUGCCUGCCCCACCAGCCCUGCGCAAAAUGACGCAAAUGGCGGCAUUGUGGGUCCUGCCACCCCAGAUUAG